AUGAUGAGCACCUUGCCUUCGGCGGACGACACCCCGCCCAGCGUGCAACCAGCUGCGGCGCAGAACGCGCUCCAGUCGCUCUUCAGCAAGCAGCGACAGAAGCAGAGCCUAGGGGGCGCCAGCGCAGGCAGCCAGCGGCCAGAAGCGGGGGGCUGCGGGCCCGCCUCCGUCGACCAGACCGCGGGCCAGCCCGACGGCAACCCCGGCGCCCGCGCGGAAGGUGAGAUUGCGGAGCUGCUCGCGUCGCAAGAGCAGCCGACAUGCAUUUUGCGCAAGGAGAUCUACGAUCCGCUUGCAAAGGGAGUUAGGAUUACCCACAACGGCACGAUGAUCACGUGUGCCAACUGCAGGGUGCGCGACCAGACGCUGCGGAGGAUCUUCGGCGGGUGGCCGAUUGCGGAGUUCGACGAGCUCAGCAAUGGGGGGCAGGAUGACUUCUACAAGGAAUGCGGCUGCACCGCUGCCGCCUGCCGCGACGCAAUGAAGCAUAUGCUCAUGCAGGUGCGCAUGAAGCGUAUCACGGAAACCCGCAGCGGGCAAUACUUGCCACUGUCCGUGCACGAGAAACUGGGCUACAACACGGAUGACAUCGAGCAGAAAACGGCAGCGGCAGACAUCGAGGAUCACCCCGUUCUCGGGAAGACGUACCGAGUUGCGAUCAACUCGAUCUCUGAGGCCAGGAUCAAGGAGGUCAUUAUGCAGGAGGUGGCGAAGACAGUGGGCCACAAUCGCAAGCGCAAG